CACGAAUUGAAGUAUAAAUAUCAUUCUCGUAUCGAUCAAUUCCCAGGUCAGCGUCCUAGGUAGAUAGCUAGUUAAAACAUAUAUAUACUCCUAGCUGCUAUAUCUAUCUGAUAUUCAUUCUACUACGUACGUACGAUAAUUAAAGAAAGAGGGAAAUACGUGGGGGGUAGCGAUGGAUCGAUCAGUACGUUUGGCGGUGUUGGUGCUGUGCGGUUUUUAUGUGGAUGCGGCGGCGGCAUCCGGUGGCAGACGACUGCUGCAGCAGAUUGAUGCGCUGGCCGCGGGAUAUACAUAUAUCCACCAUCCUCUCUUACUAGCCGCCAAUUCCCAGAUCACGCAGGAUAAUGCACGAGUGAAUAAACAACAGGCGGCGCCGCCCAACAACAAAAUGCAUCAUCAUCACGAUACAGGUGAACUUGAAGGCGCAACAAUCAUAUUUUCGAUCCAUGAAUAUUCGCAACAAGAACAUCAAAUCAAGGGAUCACGUUCAACGUUAGACCUAUCGGCGGCAUCUAAGGAAGAAGAAAAGGUGAUGAUGAAGAAAAAGAAGAAAGAGGGGCGGGGAGGUGUGGAAGAGGUUUUGGGUAUGGACUACGCACAACCCCGCCGCAAUCCGCCCAUCCACAACAGACUACGUCCAUAACUCAUCCGCCCAGUUUUAAUUUCGCUCAUCUACGGCAUGCAAUUUUUAUAGAAGAGAAGAUUGAUGUAUCAACUCCUUCCAUUUGAUCGAGUUUUUGAGCUAAUUAAUUAAUUAAUUAGUUUUUCUGGUUAGCUAGCUUAAUACAUGUGUACGCAGGACCGGUGCUGAUGCAAGGACUAGUUUAUUUAUAUGCGUAGUACUAGUUUUAUAACACGUG